UCCGAGUCCCCGACGCAACGCCAUUAACGAAGGGGGAACGAAGACGUAGUUUGAAAAACCCUAGAAACCAUAAAAGAGAGUGGGACUAAGAGCGAUCACCAUGGCGAGCACCUCAUCCUCCUAUGCGCUCCACGACCCCUCCGCCCCCCCGGUGCCGCCGCAAGAUGAACCGCGCGGCGGCGGGCCGGGGCCGGCGCCGGCGCCGGCGACGGCGACGCUUCUGGUGCGGCACCUCCCGGAGGCGAUACCGGACGAGAUGCUUUCUCGCCUCUUCUCCCACUACGGCGCUUCCUCUGUGCGACCCUGCGCCGGUGGAAGGUUGAGGAAUUGUGCAUUUGUGGAUUUUAAGGAUGAAAUGUUAGCUAAUCAAGCGCUGUCACAAUUGAACAGAUUGAGGUUUCUUGGUAAAGUUUUAAUUGUCGAGAGAGCAAACCAAGGAAAUUUGAAGAACUCAAAUCAACAUCAACACCAUCAAGAUCAAUUGGUGAAAGGCUCAUCUCAUCCACCAAUCUCCCUUCUAAAAGACUCCAGUAAAAACACAAAUAACUUGACACAUGGGGGUGAACCAAUUGCUCCAAGGCUUGGUGUGGACUACUCAUUUCCUCCUCAUCUUGAGUAUGAAUACCCACCUCCUGAUGGGAACAUAUUGACCAACAUUGUGAAUGCCCUAAUUGCUGUUCCUCGUUUUUAUACACAGGUUUUGCAUUUGAUGAACAAAAUGAACAUUCCAGCUCCAUUUCGCAUGGCUUUACCAACUCCACCUCUGCCACCGCAAGUGCCUGCGCCUCCACCACCGCCACCACCCCCCAGUUCUACAAAACCUCAGUUGACUGAUCUUUCAAGUGAUGAAUCUGAGAUGGAGUCCUCAGAUGAAGAUCGUGAUGAUACCAGUAGAAGAAAGCGUGCCAAGCGAGAAGCCAUCGUGGGGCCUGCAGUUGAUAAAGGAGUAGCACAUGAAGCUGUAGGGCUGAAACCUGCUAUGUUGGUUCCGAAAGAGGUUCUGAAAAUAAAAAAGAAAAACCCAGUGCUACAGAUAAAAAUUGGCUCGAAGCCAAUGCAGAAGGAAAUUGCUGAACAUGAGAACAACACCAAAGAGUUGGCAAGAGAAGAAGAACACUUGCAACAAAAGCAUUUUGCAACACCUCAAGAAAUUGAGAGUGGGAAAUUGCCCCCGGAGGAAAUAUUAUCUCUUCCAAUGUUCAAGAAUUACACUCCUGGGAAUCCUGCUGCUGUUCUCUACAUCAAGAAUUUGGCGAAGGAUGUCGUUCCAGAUGACUUUUAUUUUAUUUUUGGGUCACUUUUUGAAAGUGUUGAUGCUGCUCGAUCUGGUUUGCAUAUUAAGUUAAUGCAGGAAGGACGAAUGAGAGGUCAAGCAUUUGUGACUUUUCCAUCUGUCGAUCUUGCUCAGCAUGCGUUGAAUCUAGCUAAUGGAUAUGUAUUCAAAGGCAAGGCAAUGAUCAUCCAGUUUGGUCGCAAUCCUGUCGCUGGCAAAGCUACCUAAAUGGGGAUUUUGUUGUAGACCAUCGGUAACCUUGGGAUGGAAAUUUUGAUCGAUCCAAAAAUUCUCACAGCUCUUCAAUGUCCAAUAAAGAUUGCUAUGUGGACUCGUUCGCCAUAUUUUGAAGUCCAGCAACUACAAUCCAUGCAGUGGAGCUCUGCUGCCGCAAUGAGAUGGUUAAUCGUGCGCGCGCCCUAGUUUUGUUCUACCCAGGAAGAGGACAAAGUCAGUUGGAACCGAGGUGGGUAAAGAAAGGUACGCACUUGUAGAUUGCAAAUUUAUCUCUAGGGUAAACUGCACCACCAGUCCAUCAACUCUUAGCCCCGUUUCAUUUUGGUCCUCAACUUUCAAGUUCAAUGACCGCGGCUUUGAACUCUUAUUAAAAUAUUUGGCACAUCUACUGUUAGAUGGCAAAUUAUUGCUUACAACCAAUACAUGUGUACAUAUUUGUAUACUUAAUUAUCGACUCUGUACUAUCAUAUUAUUUCUA